AUGGCGGCUAAAAUGGAGAUAACGUUGAGCUUGCAGCCAGAGUCUCCAGAUUCCCCCAAACAAGAAAGGCACAUAAUAGCAAAGUUAGAGGAGAGACGAGAGCCUGCUCUGCAAAAUAACUGCCCUGAUCCGGAGCUGUCCCGCCAACGAUUUAGACAGCUUUGCUAUCAAGAGGUGUCAGGGCCACAGGAAGCGCUCUGCCGCCUGGGGCAGCUCUGCCGGGAUUGGCUGCAGCCUGAGCUACACUCGAAGGAGCACAUCCUGGAGCUGCUGGUGCUAGAGCAGUUCCUGACCAUCCUGCCCCCAGAGAUCCAAACAUGGGUCAGGAAAAGAUGUCCCACGAACAGCAAGGAGAUUGUGGAGCUGGUGGAAGAGUUUCACAGAGCCUCCAAGAGGCCAAAACAAUGGGUGGCUGUCUGUAUGCAGGGCCAGAAGGUGCUCUUGGAAAAAACUGGAGCUCAGCUUGGUGAACAGGAUCUGCCGGACUUUCUGGAGGAAUCAUCUGAGGUAGAACUUGAGGACCAACUGAGCCACCAGUAUGAGGACAAAAUCCAGCUCUCACAGGAACCAGCCCUCAAGUUGGCUGGGCCAGAGGCUACUAGAAUAAGGAGUGACAACAAGGAAAAUCCACAACAGGAAGGGACUAAAGGAGCAAGGCCUUGUGCUGUCUCAGCUGACAGAUCCAAAGGGAAUGGUUUGCAGAGUCCUGAAUCUAGAGGGGUGAAUGUGAGUGAACCCAGGCUGUCACCAAGACAGGUCAGCCCCCCAAAUGCUCAAAAGCCAUUCACUCACCACCAGAGACCAUGCAGACAAUUGGAAUACAUUAGCAGCCCCCUAAAAAGCCACCUGCUGAGGGAAGUAAAGAAAAGCAAUCAUUUGGAACAUCUUGGUCACUCGAAGAAAUCUUACAAAUGUGAUCAUUGUGGGAAAAGCUUCUCAUUUAAUUCAGAGUUGGAAAGACACAAGAGAGUGCACACGGGGGAAAGACCCUACACAUGUGAAGUAUGUGGAAACCGCUUUGGACGGCAGUCAACUCUGCAGCUGCAUCAGAGGAUCCACACUGGAGAGAAGCCCUUCCACUGUGACCUGUGUGGGAAAAGCUUUCGCCAAAAAUCCAACCUUCACAAGCAUCAGAGGCUCCACCAUGGGGUAUAA